AACUACUGACAUGAAACACAUUUCACUUCGUAUUCUGUGCCAUGUAGUGCCACACAUUUUAUACUUGAGCUUUGGUUUGAGGCUUUGUCGGUUUGAGUCAGUGCUCGUGUCCUGUGGUAGAUAUAACAAAAAUUUGUGCGAAUUAUAGGAAAAACGCGUUUUUCCUUAUAAUUUCGUCAAAUUUGCGUUGUGCGUGUUAGUAGUGUGUGGCUUCGUUGAGUAGUUUUUUUCCCGGCUGCUUUGCUGCGCUUCCUGUUGUUGGUUGUUGCAUAUUAUCGUAUCCCUACAUCGUUACAUAUCAGAAUAGUUUUAUUACUGUGUAUUAAAUUGUACAUUUCCAAUUAUCGUUUGGAGUGUUGUGUAUAUUAUAUUCCCGUCUUCUGUUGUCGAUAUACCAGUAUAUUCAAAAAGCACACCAUCCGGCAUCCAGUCAUACAAUUAUAAUAUCCGUAUGUCGACCAUCGCAUAAGGAAAGAUUGUCAUCUUGUUACAUCGAUACCUUAUCAGAAAAUAUCAGGAAAAUAUAUUUGACAAGUGAAACACGGCGACGAAAUACUCAUAUACCGUCAGUUAUUGUUUCUGUAGCGUGAUUAUUUCCUGUGUGUGAACUAUAUUCCAUACAAUUUUGAAUGAAGAUGGCAACGGCAACGGUUAACGGUCUUGGCUUGGAUCCCUCUCCGACUAAUCCGAAUACAUCCUCCAAUUCUGCAUCGGGUUCUUCUUCCCCUGGACCAACAUCCAACCAUAUACAGAGCAUUACCGAUGUAUCCAACGGCUUUAAUGGCAACAAAAUAAUAAACAUGCCUAAAGACAGCGAUGCCAUCAAAUUGUUCGUCGGCCAAAUUCCUCGGCAUUUAAUGGAAAAAGAUCUCAAGCCUCUUUUUGAACAGUUUGGAAAAAUACACGAACUCAUUGUGCUUAAAGACAAGUAUACCGGAGUACACAAAGGUUGCGCAUUCCUUACAUACUGUGACCGCGAAAGUGCUAUCAGAUGUCAGAACACCCUUCAUCAACAAAAAACCCUUCCUGGGAUGACACGACCAAUUCAAGUGAAGCCGGCGGAUAGUGAAUCCCGAGCCGAGGAUCGAAAGCUCUUUGUGGGCAUGCUGGGAAAACAGCAGACGGAAGAGGAUGUUCGUAAAUUAUUUGAGCCAUACGGAAACAUCGAGGAGUGUACGGUGCUGCGCAAUAACGAAGGAUCUAGUCGAGGCUGUGCCUUUGUCAAAUUCUCCACUCCUGCUGAAGCACAGUCAGCAAUUUCCGCCUUACAUGGAGCACAAACAAUGCCUGGAGCAUCAUCGAGCCUGGUGGUCAAAAUUGCUGAUACGGAAAAAGAACGCCAAGUUCGACGCAUGCAACAAAUGGCAAGCCACAUGGGACUGAAUAGUUUACUGAAUCCUUUGCUCCUCAACGCCUCCGCCAAUGCAUACGCUCAGCAAGCGGCACUCAUGGGAAUGAAUUCACUGAACUCCAGCCCCUUCGUUAACCCGGUGCUGAGCGCAGCCGCCGCGGGUUCGCAGUUCAACAGCUUGGGCACGACAUCCAUGGGCACCGUGGGCGGCAGUCAGAAUCUGAGUAAUCCGCUCAGUCAUCUGUCCGGCAACAGUUUCAGCAACGCCAGCCUACCCGGAAGUAUGCCGUCGCUCGAUGCACUGGCGCUGCAAGCCCAAGCGGCCCAUCAGUUUGCCCCAGGUAGAUCAUCACGGCACUCCGUCGAAAGUUCCGUCGCGCGCGGUCACGUGCUGCAGAAGAAACGGAAAGAGUGUGGUGUAUCUGGUGGAAAUACGAUGCACAGUGGGGAUAAUAUGAACCAAAGUUUUCCGCAUUCGCUGAAUCAGUAUCAGGGUAUCAGUUUAUACUCCGGACAUGGCGAUGCCAACGGCUCUUUCUCUUCCGGGAGCUCUUAUGGCCACAUGAACGGGCACAAUGUGGCCGGAAGUAGUACACUGCAUAACCCGAUGACGUCACUGAUUAAUUCAGGUUUUGUGGGGUAUGACAGUUCCGCAAAUGCUCAGGCCGCACUUUCCGCUCUCAAUAAUUACCAAAUGGGACAAAAGCGUAUGAAAGUACAAUUAAAAAAGCCCAAAGACUCCAAUGGUCGCAUGUUUUAAUCAGCGAUCGAUUAAAUUAUGUAUGCUCCGAUAUUUAGCAAGAUUACUUAUAUUACAAUUAUCUCACAACAUAUAUCCAUAAUUUUCCAUUAUCUUUCCUUAUGGCGACCCGGAUGCUCAACUGUGCCGGCGGAAGUAUUCAUACGCAACCUUUUGUUAUUAAUAUACCUACAGUGCUGCGGGAUAGUCAGAAAUCCCAUAACUGAAUGGCUCAGUUUCCAAGCUUCCAGUUUUUUGAGUGUGUGCCAUAUAUGUUUGAGAAUGAAUACUGGGCCAAGCAGAAUGUUGGACAAUUUUUUUGCACAUCAAAACGUGGAGGAGAGAGACUGGGAUGGCCGUCAGUUGGUUUUUACCAAAUGAUUUUAGGAUUUUUCACUGUUUUACCAAAGUUCUUACUUUAUUCAGCAGACAGUUUUUUUUCGUUUUAUAUUUUACAGACGAUAUAUCAUUUACGUUGUUAUACUUAAAUAAACUGCUUGUAACGGCUUAUGCAAUAUGCUGUGUAUUUUGCCGUCUUCGUUGAAUGCUUUAGAUUUCAAACUGACCAACUGUUGCCGAAAUUCUAAUCCUGAAGUUGUUUUAGCUGGUAUGGUGUGUCACGUAUUUAACCCGUAUCUGAGUGCGCUGUUGUUCAUUGCUGUUCAUAUUUAGCCUUUACGUUUUAUUUU